AUGGCCGCUACUCACCGUAAAGGUGGCGUUCACAACCCACCAAGUCUGGUUGGGGGAAUAGGUGCAGAAAAGGUCGCUGACCCAGAGAUACAAGCCGCCUGUGACUCGAUAAAAUCCGAGUUUCUCAAACAAUCCGGGGUUAAUGCCGCAGAGUUUAAGGCCAUGAAAUACAAAAGCCAGGUUGUUGCCGGAACCAACUACUUUGUCAGGGUCUGGCUCGGAGGGGAUCAGUUCUGUCAUGUGAAGAUAUAUAAACCUCUUCCUCAUACCGGAGAGAAGCCGAGUCUUGCCGGGUUCCAUCUAGGGUCAACCGAACGCGAUCCUAUUACGUAUUUUUAG